AUGAACCUGCAACAAGCUGCAGUAGCUGUCACUUUCAUCUGUUUGUUGCUGCUCCCUGCGCAUGCCUGGUGGCCGUUUUCCAGCUCGUCCUCUGAGGAAACUGGUAGCGAACAGGGGAAACAUUUGCAAGACAGUCCAGUCCCUUUUGAGAUGUCAACGGCCGAGGAAAAGUUCUUGGCGGAAGCAAGAAAAUACAUGGGAGACCUCAGCCCCCUGGAUUCGUGUCAUCAGAUUGUAAGUAUUCAGAUGGAAAGAUAGGGGAUUAGAUGGGAGAGAAAAUAGUCAAUUUAUCUUUACAAAUUUUCUAAGAAAUUUAAAAGGAAGAUCUCGAGGAUUUAUUUGUUCUUUAUUAGACUUUCCCAAGCUCUCGGUCAGUGCAGGCAGGUCGAAAAAAGAGGGCUAGCUGGGAAAAAAAUAGCGAGCGAAAAACGCUGGGAAGAGAGAAGGGGAGAGCCAGUGAGCAUCUUUUUAAUUACCUAGGUCCUCCUGCUUCAACAAAAACCGUUUCUUGUGUCCAAAUAGCAAAAUCUCUGGUGAAGGAGGGUUUCACACGCUCGCCAUGUUUCUUUGGCUUUGCGUGUGCGAAGGCAAGUGAUUGACGUAAAUGUUGACGGAAACUGUCAAAACUGACCAAUCAUAGUGUAUACUAGGAUUUGGGAUACCGGAAUGAGGUAUUGAAAACAAUGCUUGCGAGUUCUAAUUCCCUGUCUCUCCCCGACCCUCGCGUAGCCCUCGCGUGGUUUUCGAAAAACGUUUUUGAUCUCCUUUCCUAGUAGUUUGGAGCCUGGAACAGGAGAGUUCUUUAUUGCUCCUUGUUUCAGCGUUUUGUUCUGAAAAUUGUCCUUUUAAAUUUCAGGUCAUUAACCGAAUCAAGAAAUCGUGUGGGGAUAUCAAUGAAGUGGAACUUGCAAAGCUGGGUGUGGCUCUUUUAAACUGUCAAUCAAAAUCUGAAGGAAGACGGACAUACGAGUGCACAGACGAAAUGGUUAGUGUUCAAUCAGUCACGUAAAUGAUUGGUCAAAAUUGACGACGAAACGGUCAGAAAGGCGGUCUAAGUAGCGAAUCACUCAACCCGUCUACCAUUUUUUUAGUCAGUAGGGAACUUAUGAUCCUACAAGGGCGACUCUAAUACAAACGUCAUACAAAAAUAGACUUCGCAUUGUUUCAUACUUUUUUGCGAUUAUUUUCUCUGGGGCUGGAGAGAGAGGAUCGGGUCGGAAAUUUGACAGGAUAGUACAUAUUUAUUACCUUGCCGUUCCCUUUCCAUACAUGGAAAAGGAAUUUACAAACAAGCAUGAUGCACUUGCAGAGGUUGUUUUUUGCUUCCUAAACCUAUUAUGUUUUAGACGUUCCCCUUGCCGUCGCUGUCGUAGUUUCGUAAGGUCCCUAUGUGUAGGUGUUUUCGUUAUUUAUCGGGAGCAUGCGAGCACUUAAAGUCGCUUGAGUGAUCCAGUUGUUUAAUUGGCCGUUGUAAUGCUGCGUCUGACACUGGGUCGGUGUUGUGUCCUUGCGUUGAAUUCCUAAGGACAAUAUUUAAGUUCAGACCAAUUGGUCAAUAAUUCACGAUUUUUAGCAAAAUGGUCACGUGACAUAUCACGUGACUGAUUAACACAACAUUUAUACUUUAAAAUUUUAAGGACGACGAUUUCUUUAUGUGCACCAAAUUUUGAUUCAGUACAUCAUCUAUACCGAAGUUAUCAUUUUCCACAGGUAAACCCCUUAGUCCCAGGCCUUAAACUACGUGAGUACAAUUCGUUGCCGCUGUUGCAGGGAGACGUCGUGAAACGUCCAAAGUUCAAGUUUCACGAAAGACGUGAGCACGAGAAAACAAUUUGAUGUUCUUUUUCUGAACUCAGAUACAGCCUUUCAGAAUUCUACUCCAGAAACAUUUGCCAAUAUUUGAUAAACUGAACGAGACAAAUUUUGAGCGAAGAAGUUUGAAGCAGCACGAAUUCACUUUUGUGUCACAUUUGCUCUAUCGCCGUCGUCGUUGAUGCUGAAGCUCCUUCCUACAAACAACUGCUAGAAUUAUGAGACAGCUGAGGCCGUUUCACACACGUUCAGUUUAUCGUGAUUUGAACAAUAUACACACCCAACAUUUCUUUUCAGGAGCUGCGUGAGUGCACAGCUGAUAUGGACGCAAACACGUGGAACAGUUACCACAUCAUUAGUAAUAGGGCGCGGUCCAUUUGUUACGCCACCAGACAGCAACAAUUUAGACUCAAGACAGAGUUCACUGUCAAUAAACUGGCAAAUCAGGCGGAGAAUCAGAUGCAUCUCAUGAACCACUUACAGGUCAGGUUGUUUGAAACGGUUAAUGAUUGUUGUGAGUAGUAUGGCGGGGAACAAAUUAUCCUCUUUCGGAAAAAACUCUUAAGCGUGCGAUAAAACCCAAGAAAGACCUUCUCAUCUUAACAAGUACACUUGUUCGCUUACUUCUGAAGAAGCGGGCGAGGGUACCUUCACGUGAAGCCCGCGAGCAUCAAGUUUUUCAUGCGUUUUAGGAUUUUUAAACCCGUGAUUUUGAACAAAUUCUAUGCUUAAACUAUAACUGCACGAGUUUUCUUUUUUAAAACAGGAUGGUCAACGAAGGCUGACAGAAGUUGCAGAGGAUACAGUGAUAAGAGUAACAGCUGGCCAAGAACGUCUCGUUAGGCAACAGCAGCAGCUGCAUUCUAACUACGAAGAUGUCCAGCGGUCGAUCUCCUUUAGUCUAAGAGGAAACGUGAGGGCAUUAAAUCAUGAAAAAACGUUAAUAGAUAAUGGCCGCAGACAGCUGAAGGAGAUGGCCAAAACGGUUAAAGAAAAGCUUGGUAAGGAUAUGUAUAAUGUCGGAAGGUUUAGCUACCAUCUGUAUCAAAAACGAAAAAUCUGAAUAAAUCCCCUCAAAUCCAACCGAUCGGAACACACAAACGUGCGUCGGUUGCCUGCCACGGAUGCGUCACGAGGUGCUCGUGAUUGGUUGGUUUAAUAACAAAUUGGUGGUCUGUUAUAUCUUUUCCCCUAGUCAGUCGCAGUUUUGCGUUAUCAUUCUGCUUACUGUCAAUCUAACUUAAGAUAAUCUUUUCAAUCCACAGAAAAUGCCACCUUGGAAAUUAAGAAACAAGACGUCGACAGAAAAGUAAGCCAUCGCAAAAUCCUUGAAGAUCUGAACAGGAUUCGCAGUAAAGCAGAUGAAGUGUGGAAUAAAAUUGGUAAGAAAUUUAACCUAAAAAAAUUGGUCAUUUUGAGGUAGGACUGUGUUUUAAACCCAAAUUCUUAGCCAGUUUUGUGGGCAACCUCGUAACAGCCAAGAAACGAUGGCGUCCCCAAAACAUUCCCAUGGUUCAAUUCGACCCAACAACGAACUUGUCUUGCGUGUAACCUCGCAACCCUGGGGGGGGGGGGGGGGGGGGGGCUUUCCCCGUGUCUUCUUGUUUCCGGGGCGCCCCCCCAAAUGUGGGGAACAAAACGCGACACCCCUGUGCCAGGGGGAACCAGCCGAGGGAAAGAGGAGGGGCGGGGGGUGGGGGGGGGGGGGGGCCACUUUCUAUGUUCCCCUCCCGCCACACAACCAGACGCUGGGGCGCUCCGUUCUCUCCCACGCGCGAAAGCGCGUUUUCUGAAAAUUGUCCUUUUAAAUUUCAGGUCAUUAACCGAAUCAAGAAAUCGUGUGGGGAUAUCAAUGAAGUGGAACUUGCAAAGCUGGGUGUGGCUCUUUUAAACUGUCAAUCAAAAUCUGAAGGAAGACAGACAUACGAGUGUACAGACGAAAUGGUUAGUGUUCAAUCAGUCACGUAAAUGAUUGGUCAAAAUUGACAACGAAACGGCCAGAAAGGUGGUAUAAGUAGCGAAUCACUCAACCCGUCUAUCAUUUUUUUAGUCAGUAGGGAACUUGUGAUCCUACAACGGCGACGCUAAUACAAACGUCAUACAAAAAUAGACUUCGCAUCCUUUUAUACUUUUUGCGAUUAUUUUCUCUGGGGCUGGAGAGAGAGGACCGGGUCGGAAAUCGGAAAGAGAUAGUACAUAUUUAUUACCUUGCCGUUCCCGUUCCAUACAUGGAAAAGAAAUUUACAAACAAGCAUGAUGCACGUGCAGGGGUUGUUGUUUGCUUCCUAAACCUACCGUGUUUUAGAAGUUCCCGUUGCCGUCGCAGUCGUAGUUUCGUAAGGUCCCUAUGUGUAGGUGUUUUCGUUAUUUAUCGGGAGCACGCGAGCACUUAAGGUCACUUGACUGAUCCAGUUGUUUAAUUGGCCGUUGUAAUGCUGCGUCUGACACUGGGUCGGUGUUGUGUCCUUGUGUUGAAUUCCUAGGGACAAUAUUUAAGUUCAGACCAAUCGGUCAAUAAUUCACGAUUUUUAGCAAAUGGUCACGUGGCAUAUCACGUGACUGAUUAACACAACAUUUAUACUUUAAAAUUUUAAGGACGAUGAUUUCUUUAUGUGCACCAAAUUUUGAUUCAGUACAUCAUCUAUACCGACGUUAUCAUUUUCCACAGGUAAACCCCUUAGUCCCAGGCCUUAAACUACUUGAGUACAUUUCGUCGCCGCUGUUGCAGGACUACGUCGUGAAGCGUCCAAAGUUCAUGUUUCACGAAGGACGCGAACACUAGAAACGAUUUAAUUUUCUUUUUCUGAACUCAGAUACUGCCUUUAAGAAUUCUACUCCAGAAAAAUUUGCCAAUAUUUGAUAAACUGAACGAGACAAAUUAUGAGCGAAGAAGUUUGAAGCAGAACGAAUUCACUUUUGUAUGACAUAUUUGCUACCGUCGCCGUAGAGCUAAAGCUCCUUCCUACAAACAGCUGCUAGAAUUAUGAGACGGCUGAGGCCGUUUCACACACGUUCAGUUUAUCGUGAUUUGAACAAUAUACCCAUACGACAUUUCUUUUCAGGAACUGCGUGAAUGCACAGCUGAUAUGGACGCAAACACGUGGAACAGUUACCACAUCAUUAGUAAUAGGGCGCGGUCCAUUUGUUACGCUACCAGACAGCAACAAUUUAGACUCAAGACAGAGUUCACUGUCAAUAAACUGGCAAAUCAGGCGGAGAAUCAGAUGCAUCUCAUGAACCACUUACAGGUCAGCUUGUUUGAAACGGUUAAUGAUUGUUGUGAGUAGUAUGGCGGGGAACAAAUUAUCCUCUUUCGGAAAAAACUCUUAAGCUAAGAUAGAACCCACGAAAGACCUCAUCUCAACAAGUAUACUUGUCCGCUUGCUUCUGAAGAAGCGGGCGAGGGUACGUUCACGUGAAGUCCGCGAGCAUCAAGUUUUUCAUGCGUUUUAAGAUUUUUAAGCCCGCGUUUUUGAACAAAUUCUUGGGCAAACCGUCUCUAUAAGAGUAAAAGUGCUUAGCAAUACAAAAAAGGUAGUGUCAAAAGAGAAAAACUAUAGCUGCACGAGUUUUCUUUUUCAAAACAGGAUGGUCAACUAAGGCUGACAGAAGUUGCAGAGGAUACAGUGAUAAGAGUAACCGCUGGCCAAGAACGUCUCGUUAGGCAACAGCAGCAACUGCAAUCUAACUACGAAGAUGUCCAGCGGUCGAUCUCAUUUAAUCUAAGAGGAAACGUGAGGGCAUUAAAUCAUGAAAAAGUGUUAAUAGAUAAUGGCCGCAGACAGCUGAAGGAGAUGGCCAAAACGGUUAAAGAAAAGCUUGGUAAGGAUAUGUAUAAUGUCAGAAGUUUUAUCUAUCAUCUGUAUCAAAAACGAAAAAUGUGGGUAAAUCCCUCAAAUCCAGCCAAUCGGAACACACCAACGUGCAUCGGUUGUCUUCCACGGAUGCGUUACGUGGUGCUCGUGAUUGGUUGGUUUUAAUUACUUACGGAUUGGUGGUCUCUGAUAUCGUUUUCCCCUAGUCAGUCAAAGUUUUGCGUUAUGUUUCUGCUUACUGUCAAUCUGAGUAGAGAUGAUUUUUUCAACCCACAGAAAAUGCCACCUUGGAAAUCAAGAAACAAGACGUGGACAGAAAAGUGAGCCAUCGCAAAAUCCUUGAAGAUCUGAACAGGAUUCGCAGUAAAGCAGAAGAAGUGUGGAAUAAAAUUGGUAAGAAUUUUAACCCAAGGAAAUUGGUCAUUUUGAGGUAGGACUAUGUCUUAAACCCAAAUUCUUAGCCAGUUUUCUGCGCAACCUCGGAACAGCCAAGAAACGGUGGUGUCCCCAAAACAUUUCCAUGGUUGAAUUCGACCCAACAACGAGCCAAUCGUGCGUGUAACCUCAAAACCUGGGGGAUACUCCCUGUGCUGCUUCGUUCCUGGGCGCCCGCCUCAACUGUUGAAUAGAAAACGCGACUACGAUUGAUCAAGGAGUAUCGCGCGGUGAAACAUGGGAGCGUUCAGCGUUGGUGCAAAGGUGUGCACUUUCCUCAUGAUCCCUUGCCAAGAACCAAAGUCGUCCCAGGCGCUCUCGAUUGCGAAUCCACGAGAACAUGCCUAGGUGCAAGGCAGCUCCCUGUGUUAGCUAGCGCGGGGAGGCUCUGUCCGAAAGCAGUACCUUUUUCAGGCUUUGGAUAUACAAGAGCAGGGAAAAGGGAUUUCUUGAGUUGAAAUAUAUGCGAAAAAAACAUAAUUGGUAAUUUGGGUAUUUAAAAUGGCCUAUCUAAAGUAUUUCGAACAGAGGUACCUUAUGGUUGUAUCAAUUUAAUUUUUUAAAGGCCCCAUUAAGUGGCAAGAAGACUUGCUGUAGGGGGUAUGUGGAAGGCGUAUCAUUUUUCAAUGGAGGUAUAAGAAAGGGCUACAUAUACAACAACAAGACGUUGGACCUCGAGGGGGAGCCCUCCCACACAUAAAAACGUUGCUGAGUAGAAAUAGCCCCCCCUACCCCCCGUGCUUCAAAAUGGCUAAUAGCUUAAGUUAAAAUAUUCUUUACCACCCAUGUCGCUGAACUACGUGGACAAUGAUUUCCCAAUGAAUAUCUUUCUCUUUAGACCAUAGUACUCUGCAGAUGAUGUCGUAUCACAGCGAAACGACGCAACAUUACAACGAGACAAUGGAAAACUUGAAAAUCAUCAACGAAACUAUUGUCUACUUACUCAAGGUAUUUUGGGGUCUGAAAUUUUACGAGUGCCUUUUGAAUUGCUUGCACUACUGACAAUUAAAAAUGGAAUAAAUUCUUUAAUCAGGUAACGAAUCAAAUGCAGGAAAAGAUCGACGACAGACUUUCGUGGUUGACACAACACCUAGGAGGGACUGGGGACAAACUAGUGAUUAUCACCACGUGCCUGUUGCAUGCGGGGUAUUUCCUUUUAGCGACCCUUUGCAUUUUGUUCCUGAAUGCUCCUCUUUUCACGAGACUUGUUCUUCUCAUACUGGUGCCUAUCAACGCCUGGAGCGAAAUUAAAUUUCGUUCCAGUUUAUCGUACGGUUCGCUUUCGUGUCUUCUU